UUAGCUAGGAAACUAAACUUUCAUACAAAUACAUACCAAAAAAAUUAUUGUAACCAAAUUCAUAGACGUCAUUGAGCAAAGAUUUAAUAAAUAAAAUCCCCUUUUACAAUAUUUCCAUUUGAAACAUUAACCUAAAACCUCCUUCAAAAAUUACCUGGGUAUGAAAGCUCUAAAGUAACCAUGAUACCGAUACUUGCUUUACAAAAUACUAUAUAUCUCCUAAUGAACCAUUACAAUUCAAAAUGUUUUAACAUUCGAACGUAUAGGCAUAUGUAUUGAUCAACGGUCCCAUGCCAUUCUGAGCCCCCAAAAGUUUAAAUGGAACUAGUUUGACGAGACACAAUUAAACCUUAUUGAAUCGACAGGAAUAUUGAAUUAAUGCUCCGGUAUACACGUCUUAGAUAACCAGCUUGAAAAAAAAUUCUACCUGAUUGGACUUGCUUAAUAGUUAUCGGCGUGUUCGUGUGUUGACUUCAUUUAAAUGUAUUUGGAAUCGAAUAUUUUGUUUUGUCACGGAUACUGAAAUGAAUAUAUGGAGACUUGAAAAAAUAUGCUUCGAUCAAUAUUUGAGGGGAUAAUAUGUGUUUGUGUAUAUUUUAAAGAAAUAUAAAGUGAAAGGAGAUAUUGUUGACAAUGUUGUGUAUUUCGUAGCCAUGACCGGAGGUGAAAAUAUGCAGGAUUCCGCAACGCAGUCGGAAACUCCACAGAUACCACUGGAGUCGGUACCGGAGGAACCAGAUGAAGACGACAUAGAUCUUAACCUGACACAUCGGGAAGUGUCAACGCCAAACGUACGGAUACCAUCGCAAUCAGCUCGUGCAACCCUGGUACGGACGCCCGCAACACGGGAGAAAACCACAUCGCCUUUAGUGUUCUAUGAGGAAGAGGAGGAUAAAAAAGAUGUGGACGAAAACAUUCUAAUUACCGAGAUUAAACCUACUGAUUAUCAGGAAGUGAAAUUUGAGGUGGACGUUGACCAGGAAGAAGACUCUUUUUCGGAGGAAAGCGCGGAACUUAAGGACUUAGCGGUAGAACCGGUUGAGGCAGAACCAAAAGAGGAGGACUACGACACUGACCUUGAAAUUGAAGAAGAAAUCUUUGUGCACGAUACAACUGGACGAUCUCACUACACAAAAAUAUGCAACCAACUUGGACUGGUGCCCAUUACAUAUUUCGUUCGGCAUAUCCAAGACGCGGAACUAGCCAUGAGGUACCACGGACUGGGACCCAGUGCAGCAAGGGCAAUAGCACUCGUGUUAAAGGACACAAUAUCACUAGAAAAACUAGACUUACGCGGUAACUGGAUUGAAGGGGAAGGUGGUGAAGCAGUGGCGCGUAUGUUGGAGGAAAAUGACUACGUCACAGACGUGUGUCUUGCAGACAACAAACUAGGACUGGUGGGUGCCCAGAGUUUAUGUAGAAUGCUUAACACGAACGCAGGACUCCGCAAACUAGACAUAUCAGACAAUGGAUUCGGGACAGUCGAAGCGGCUGUGAUAGCACAGGCCCUUGAGACAAACAAAUAUCUAAAAGUGCUCAACCUGAGUCAUAAUCGGUUCGAUGAACAAGCUGGGGAAAUUCUUGGUCCCGCCAUAGGUGCCAAUGACAUCUUAGAUGGUUUGGAUCUUAGUUGGAACUGUCUGCGGCAAAAGGGAGCGGUGGCCGUGGCAAAGGGUAUCAAGGAAAACGUAAGAUUAAAGAAAUGCAGUCUUGCGUGGAACGGUUUUGGUCCAGACGGUGGCGCAGCGAUCGCUGAUGCUCUGAUGACCAACAACUCUCUACAGGAAAUUGACAUCAGUGGCAACAGGCUAAGCGCAGAUGUCGCCUUAAGAGUGGCAAAGGCCAUAACGAGUAAUGACAAUAUCAGAAUACUCAGGAUGGGCAACAACCUUCUUACAACGGCAGGUGCAAUAGCGCUAGCAAAGGCUAUAAAUGAAAGUGAAAGUAGUGAAAUGGAGGAGCUGGACUUAACGGAUGUUCCUGUUGAAUUUGAAUUUUUGCGCAUCAUAGAAGACAUCAAAGCUAAAAGACCAAAUUUCAAAGUUGUUCAUGGUCCUAUAUUGAGAGUAGGAAACACUACUGAGGACUUAGGCAAACCUGCUAUUGAUCCCAAUCCACGCCGGAAGAAGGAUCCUAUAAUGGUCUUGGAUCAGCACAUAGUCGUGAACGACUUCCGUUUGUUGGAUAUCCUUAAACGUUACGACCCUGACAGCACAAUGACCCUUGAACCUCAGCAAUUCCUUGCUGCUUGCGAGGAAUUAGCUCUCCCAUACGACAGGGCUAAGGUAGAAGAGGCUGUUAAACGUCUAGUUGACCAGAAACCAGGAAAUGAUCAAGGCAGAAUCUACUUUGGAAAUUUCUUUGACCAAGACAAACUUCAGGACCAUAUCAAGAAAUAUCAAGAGAGGACAGACAAUGAAACUUGACAACUAAGAUGUUUCUUUCUUUCUUUCUGGACUAUGUAUGGGGAUUCUUCACAUGUGAUAAACAGACUUGUCAUUAUUGACAAUGUGGAUUAUAACCUUUAAAAGUGUCACAGUAUUUUACAAAUCAUGUGAUAUUAUAACCUGCCUGUGCAGACUGUGCCAACUUGAACCUUGUGCCUACUUUUAUAUCAAGAGAUAUGCAUGGAUAUUCUUAAAUAUGACUCAGUCUUGCAAGUAAGGUGAAUCAGUGUUUUUAACCUCAAGCAUGUUUUUACAUGGAAAACACACUUUGUUUAUAUAGAUCUAUAACACAGAUGUUUAUUUCUACACAUUAUUAAAAGUAUUAUUUUUUAUUGUUAGUUAGAGCAAAUUUACUUUUAUUUUGCAUGUAUGUGAAAAAAAAUUUCAGUGAAUAAAUUAACAGGGUACA